AUGGCCGACUCCACCAGCAGGCCGAGCUAUCCUGCCGGGACGAUCGCCAAAGUGUCAACCGACAUCCUGAAUGAAACCUUUCACAACAUCAUCCAUGACCUGGUCGCCAAGGUCCACCGCCAGGAGAAGAUGGCGCGGAUGCGCUCCGCGGUGGUAAUUGCCAGACAAAAGGCAGAAGAAGGGGCGACGGUACCAGAAGAAGCUGGCAGCAAGUCAGUGGUAGAUGGCAAACCCCGGGAAGUCAUCAUAGAUGCGAAUAAACUAGCAAGCACGCGCCUGGAGACGGACGCCGCCAUCUUCGACCGCGGGAAAGUACUUCUGAAAGGAAACCCGUUACAUACCGUGAAGGAGAUUAUCUGCCCGGACUGCCGUCUCCCACGCUUAUCAUAUCCUCCAGUGGGCGCGGGCUACAGACCUCCCCCCGACUUGAAUCGUGAAUAUUGUCAAAAUGGGCCCCUAAUCACGCUACCCGGACACGACGUCCAUGGCAAAAUGUUCGCGGUGAUGCCAAAUCCAAAGAAGCGCAAGACGGAAAAAGACAGCACAAUUCCCGAAGUUCCAACCAGCAAAUGCCCUAUCUGCCCCCGAUACUUCGUCAUGAACCGAGUAGCCCAGCAUCUAGAUCGAUGCAUGAACAUCUCCGGCCGCGGCAGCAGCACGCGCAAUAAAACACCCACAGACAGUGGAGCCAGUGGUGCCAGCAGCCCAACCUCGUCGGCACCGAAACGGCCACAUAACGAUGACGACGAGGGCAGCCCAAGCCCAACAAAGAAGAAGAAGCUCAAUUCGAGCAAGAAAGGCUCGACGAACAAGCCCGGGCCUAGUAAGCUCAAGCAAUCAUUUACAGCAGAGGAUGACGAGGACAUUAAGAGCGAAAACGGGGAUUGA